AUGGCGGAGGCACUCGCUAUCAUCGGACUCGCGUCCGCUAUCGUCCAGUUUAUCGACUUUGGGACGAGAGUGCUGAGACAGCUACACAGACUAAACGAUGAGGUUUCCAGCGGACCGCAAGCAUACCAGGAUAUUCGUACGCGUCUACCAUUAAUGCUAGAUCUUGUAAAGAAGAUCCGACUCCAGAUCGAAGCCGGAGAAGUGGACAAAAACUCACAAGCAGUGAUGCUACCAGUUCUACGAAGCUGUAUCGCACAGGUACAACAACUCGAAGAGAUUUUUGUCAAGGCGCUACCACGAAUGGCCGACUCCUCAUGGAGUCGUGGCAAAAAAGCCUUUCUAGGCGUCCUCAAGGAAUCCGAGGUCGAGAAGAUCGAUCUCGUGCUCAAAACUAAUUUCGAUCUCCUCGUACAUUCGGGAAUGUACCACUCGAUGAGUCGGAUCGAAAAUAAAGACUCGACCUCGCUACAGCAGCAAAUGAUUAAUGUGGUUAUUUCAUCACCACAAGGCUACGCACCACAAAGCUACUCAUCACAGCAGAACUAUGGGACACAAAGCUACGCGCCAGAGAGCUACGCGCCGCCAGAGCAGGAUUAUAAACUACGAUCAGGUUCACUCUCAUCGCAGCCGCCUUCGUAUGCGCCUGUUUUUAUGGUCCCCUUUCAACGGGAUCCGAAGUUCCUAGAACGCCAAUCAAUAAUGGAGAACAUAAAAUCUAAAUUCAAGACUGCACGUCGCGUUGCUCUUGCGGGACUUGGUGGUGUCGGCAAAUCACAGAUCGCCAUCGAGCAUUGUUACCGAUUCAGAGAACAACAUCCCAACGCACAUGUCUUUUGGAUCUACGCCGGGAGCGCUGUCAGAUUCGAACAAGGUUAUCAAGAAAUUGCGAGGAGACUUGCUCUUCCGGGCUGGGACAAUCCCAAAGUCGACAUUUUGGAGCUGGUCCACGAAUGGCUUAGCGACGAGCGUAAUGGCGAAUGGCUCAUGACGGUGGAUAAUGCAGACGACGCGGCGGUUUUCUUCGGCAACAAGAUUUCCAGUAACUCCCAAGAUCGAAAAAUCUCCAAAUCAUUGGUGCGCUAUCUUCCGCAGAGUUCGACAGGAUAUAUCAUCUUCACGACGAGGGAUAAACGGGCAGGCGAACGGCUGGCGGGUCGAGAAAAACCUAUCGAAAUUCUACCGAUGAAUGCGGUGGAUUCACUCAAUCUGUUACGGGGGAGAAUUCCCGAAGACGAAUGGUCAGACGAUGAGGCCAUGAAACUGGUUGAAGAGCUCGCAUAUUUACCGCUGGCCAUUACGCAGGCGGCAGCGUUUAUCAGCGAAAAUUGCCUGACAGUCUCCGAGUAUCUCGAAUUGUUAGCUACGGGAGAAGAGGAUCUGAAAGAUCUCUUGAGCGAAGAUCUCGAAGAUCUGCGUCGAGACUUGGACACAGAGAACUCGGUGAUACGCACCUGGAAGCUUUCCUUUGACCAAAUCUCCCGAGAGAAAGCGCGAGCAGCGCAGAUCCUAUCUUUGAUGGCCGUACUGGAUCACCACCGAGCGCCUCGAAUGCUUCUUCGCCAGGAGGGAGAAACAGAGGUUGGAUUUCGGACGGCACUGGGUGCUUUGCAGGCAUUUUCUUUGAUCAGUGCUGAAAAGGAUAAAGAUGCCGCCGUGAGGAUGCACCGACUCGUGGCCCUUUCCACGAAAAAAUGGUUAGAACUUACGGGUAUGCUUCGACAUUGGCAGACUGAAGCAUUGAGAGUGCUCUCCGUGAAGUUUCCCGGGCGAGAUAGCUACCUUUAUGAGAACUGGCCGGUUCUGGAGGCAUUGACACCCCAUGCGCAAUUGGUUUUUUCUUAUACCUUCUCCACCGCCGCGGACCUUCUCGAAUGUGCCAAGCUCUUGGAUUUCGCUGCACUUUACGAUCUGACAAACGGGAAAUAUAGCGAGGCAUAUGAAAAAUGUCUUAAAUCGUUGGAUAUUCGAGAAAACCUACUCCCGGCCGAUCAUCCCUUGACAUUGGACAGUGCUCAAACGCUUGGCGAAACAUUGCUUCACCUGGGCGAGCUCGCAUCCGCAAGAUCCAUGCUACAGAAAGCCGUGACUGGACGAGAGAAAUCACUCGGUGAACUCCACCCGGAUACAUUGGAGAGUGUGAGUGAUUUGACGAUUACCUUGCUCGAACUGAACGAACUUGCCGCUGCGGAAGAAACUGCACUACGAGCCCUGAGAGGCAGAGAGCAGAUACUAGGAGAGGAUCACCCAGACACCUUUGUCAGUCUCAACAUUCUUUCCAUGCUACGACAAUGCCAGGGUGACCUGGAGAGUGCCAAAGAAACAACAGAGAAAGUGCUCGAAUGGCGACAAUCUUCCCUCGGUCCAGAGAACCCCCAUACAAUCAUGACAUUGAAUAACUUGGCGGUUCUGCAAUACCGACGAGGAGAGCAUGAAUUGGCUAAGAACACACUCAUGACUGUCCUAGCAGGUGAGGAGAAGCUGCUCGGGGCGGACGGUUACGAUAUACAAGUUAGUCUUAGCAAUCUGGCUCUUAUAUACUGUGAUCUGGGCGAGCUUGAUGAAGCAGAGGCUGUAUACAGGAGGGUUCUGAGGGUACAAGAGAAGCUAUUCGGGCCAAAGCAUCCAGCGACUUUGCAGACUGUGAAAAAACUGGCAGACGUGCUUGUCCAGAAGGGGGAGCUUGAUGAAACUGAGAGAAUGAAGCAAUGGGAUCAUGGAAAGGAGAGAAGCCAGCAAGGGGAAGGGUUCGGCGCUCUCACGAUGGCCGGUCUUUUGUUUGACUGA